AUGCUGGAGGGGCUACAAGUUGGUACUGGGAAGUCUACGUCUCUCAAGGAAAAUGUAAUGUUCGACACCGGCUGCAACUACGUGUAUGUUCCGGACUCUAGAAUGGUGGAACUUCUGAAGGGUAUUGAGGAGCAAGCGACCCUGAAGGCGAAGACCCCAGUCAAGCUUACACACUUCGAGGCCGCCAACGUUUGGAAGGUCGACUGUGUCUACCGUAAAUUCAUGCCGACGCUAAGAUUCUUGUUUCAAGACUCUGCAGGCCAGGAGGUCGCGCUCGAGCUCGACUAUAGGAGCUAUGUUGCUAUGCGAAACAGUGGGUGCUAUUUGGAAAUAAUGGGCAAACCACAAAGUAUGUGGAUACUUCCUGACAUCAUGCUGGUUGCCAACUACCUCGAAUUUCAGCCUGAUCAGGAGAGAGUUGGCAUCGCCAGACUCAAACUGUGA